CCAUCUCCUCUCUCUUUAGGGAUAAUGGUUCCUCCCACCUCUCUGUCAGUUGAAUAAGCGCCACAAGCACUUUCUCUCCUGCCUAACCGCUCGACAAGCCAGCCCAAAUCUCACUCUUGCCUUAAAAAUGUUCCAAAGAUUGAAUAAGAUUUUUUUGGGAGACGUGGACCUGUCUUCCGACCAGGAGCCAGAAUUCAGCGAGAAGGAAGACGAGGAGUGGGUGCUUGUGGAUUUCAUAGACACGUGUCCCGCCUUCUCGGUGGAAGAUGACGACGAUGACAUGGACGAGGAAGACAUCGGGGCGGAGCUGCCGCCCAGCUGUCCGGGCCCGGCCGUCUUCUCUUGCCUGCCCUCUCUGGAGUGCCUGGCUGAGGCCAGUGAGUCCUGCUUCCUGCCGCUGGAGGAGAGCUGGUUCAUCACACCACCCCCCUGUUUCACAGCACGGGGGGCCACUGCCCUGAAGGUGGAGACCAGCCCCCUGGAGAACCUCCUGAUCGAGCAUCCCAGCAUGUCCGUGUACGCUGUGCACGGCUCCUGCCCGGCUCGCGGUGAGGUGGGCUGCAGCCCUGAAGACUUCCCCAGGCCUGGGAGCCCCAGGGUGGAAACCCCAAACACAGCAGGCCGACACCUUCACUGCUACGUCACAGCUCUUGCUGCUGCUCCUCCGGCUUUCCUGGGACCUCCUAAGAGCUUCCGCCCUUCCCAGUGGAGCAGAGAGCCCAUCGAGAGACUAAAUCGCAAUCAUCUUCGUCGCCAAAAUCUCACCAGGGAGUGCCACUCGCGGCAUGCGCGGCCCGGUGGCUGGACAGUGCACCAGCCCUGCCCGCGGCAAUACAAUUACUGAGCUUCCAGCCCCUGCUCUUGCACACGUGUGAUGGUGCAUGUCGGGGGGUAGGAUGGACAAUGAGGACUCUGUCUCUCCACAGCCACCAGAGUUGGACUCAACUACUGGUGUGAUUUUGGGGACCAGAGUCACAUCCUGUGCAUCACGUAAUGCCUUUGCUCUUGUUGACAUGAUGUUUUGUUUUUUGUAAAUUUUUUCCAGACUCUUUUGGGGAAAUGUGGAUCCAAUGACAGUGUUUUGUGGUAUUUUUGGGGGGGUCUUUAAGUUUGGUUAGGGGUACUCAAGUUAGCGUUUCUAUAUUUUAAAAUAUUUCUUCCAGUGGAGGAGAAAUGAGCAUCUUUCCACCGCAGUUUCUCUAGGAUCACCGAAUCAGGCUUGUGAGGAAGCAAAGAUAUAUUCUCAGGGUCAGACACAUGCUAUUUUUUUUAGACCGAUACUUGAUCGUCUCUUCUGUCAAUGACAUUUUACACACUAAUAUGAGCAUUAACAGGUGGCCAAUUGCCAUGGGUCAUGAUGGAAAUAAUGGCUCAACUUGC